AUGGGCUCUCUUCAGCCAGCCUCGUAUUUUAAAAAAAUACAAAACUUCAGGGCCGACUAUGCAGACGCCGAAUUCACCCAAUAUGAGUCUCAAAGGACCGGAUUACGCGUGGUAGUGGUCGACAGGAAAGGUCCAAAAGUCUAUGGAAACUUUGCCGUAGCUACUGAGAUUCACGACGAUUCGGGUUCCCCACAUACGCUCGAACAUCUAUGUUUUAUGGGCUCGAGGAAGUAUCCUUUCAAAGGCGUACUCGAUAAGAUUGCCACUCGGUCGUACUCUGACACCAAUGCCUGGACAGACACAGCUGAAACUGUGUAUACAUUAUCAACUGCAGGUUGGGAAGGAUUCGCUCAACUGCUUCCCAUCUAUCUUGAUCACCUGAUCGUUCCUACAUUGACUGAUGCUGGAUGCUACACCGAAGUACAUCAUGUCGAUGGCAAAGGUGAAGAUGCUGGCGUUGUCUACUCCGAGAUGCAAGGCCGACAGAACUUGCAGGGCGAUCUGAUGGAUCUUCAAAUGCGUCGUCUGCUGUAUCCCGAAGGCGACGGAUUCCGAAUGGAGACUGGAGGCUUAAUGGAGAACUUACGAGUGCUAACGGCCGAACGUAUUCGCCAGUUUCACCGGGACAUGUAUCAACCGAAGAACAUUCGACUUGUCAUCAUUGGCGAGGUUGAUCAUACAGACCUUUUGAACGUCCUGGACGCAUUUGAGGAACAGGUGGCAGAUCGUGUCCCUCCGUUCGAUGCUCCGUUCAAACGUCCUUGGGUGGAUUCGAAGCGUACCCCACCACUAAGCAAGACCAUUGUGGAUACUGUCGAGUUUCCUGAAGAGGAUGAGUCAACAGGCGAGGUUCAAAUUGCAUUCCUCGGUCCUGAGUCAACGGACGAUUUGGGUGAAACUGCUAUCAACACCUUACUCAUGUAUCUUGCUGGAUCUUCUGUAUCUGUCAUGGUCAAUAAGCUUGUUGAGAAGGAACAUCUCGCGAGCAUGGUGGAUUUUUGGGUCAAGGGCCAUUAUGAUAUGAUCAUCUGGUGGACCCUGUCAGCCGUGGAGACAAGCAAGCUUGCAGAGGUUGAGAAGCGUUUCUUCGAACUACUAGAGGAGCAUGCUUCCAAGCCACUGGACAUGAGUUAUCUCAAGGACUGCCUACAUCGUUUCCAGCGCCAGACUCGAUAUGCAUCAGAGAUUGGUCAGGAUGAGUACAAGGACCCUAUCAUCAAAGAUCAUUUAUUUGGUGAUCGCGAUGGUUCACAUCUCAAGGAUGCCAUGGCCACGCUACAUGUGUUUGAGAAGCUAGAGAAGUGGACUGAAGAAGAUUGGCGAUUGUACCUGAAAAAGUGGAUGGUAGAUGCUCAUCAUGUGUCCGUCCUUGGCAAACCGUCCAAAGCCUUGUCCGAAAAGAUGAAAGCAGACGAAGUGGCUAGAGUUAAAGCACAACAAGCGAAGCUGGGCGAGGAAGGCAUGAAGAAACUUGCUACCAAACUCGCAGAGGCCCAAGCGGAAAACGACAAACCAAUCCCGGAGGAAAUCAUUGCUAGUGUCAAAGUCCCAAGUACGGAAUCGAUACACUUCUUCGAGACUAUUACUGCCCGGUCUGGACUCGCAAAGAAGCUGGGUGUCCCUGACAAUAAGAUACAAAAGAUCAUUGACAAGGACGAAGGUGGACUACCCCUCUUCAUUCAUUAUGAGCAUAUACCGACCUCAUUUGUUCAUUUUGGCCUGGCGCUCGGUACAGGAAAUCUGCCUACCCAUCUGAAACCUCUGCUCGGAGUGUACCUCAGCAAUUUCUUUGCUACGCCUGUUGUGAAAGAUGGCAAGCGAAUGGAAUUUGAGGAAGUCAUUACCAAGCUUGAGCAAGACACGAUCGAGUUCUCCAUGGACCAGGGAUCUGGUAUUGGGAACACGGAGAUGAUCUAUAUUUCCUUCGUCGCUGAAGCUAACAAGUUCGAUACGGUCGUGCAGUGGCUGAAGACCAUGUUGGUCGAUUCCGUGUUCGACACUGAACGUGUGAUCUCCACGGUCAAAAAGAUGCUGGCUGACGUGCCGGAUGAGAAGCGCGACGGCAACGGCAUGGCUUUUGCAGUAGACCGCCUGAUUCACUACGAUGCAGCCUCGUCGGUCCGUGCCACCAACACACUUGUCAAGGCUGUCUACCUCAAGCGAAUCUCGAAGCUGCUCAAGACGGAACCUCAACAGGUGCUUGACAAACUGGAGGAGUUGCGGAAACACCUGCUCACCUUUUCAAAUAUGCGCGUCCUCACAAUCGCUAACUUGGAGACACUAUCCAGCCCGGUCUCAACAUACAAACAGCUUACUGAUGCGUUCCAACCCGGCCCAGAGCCCACGAUAAAUCCAAUCGAUGACCGGAACAAGGUGCUUUCAGAAGUUGGCCGUAAUCCAGGCGGAGCACACUAUGUCAUCACCAUGCCCAUCGAUUCCUCCUUCGCCGUCUUAACAACCAGGGGCCCCAAGGGAUACACAAACCCACAACUCCCCGCACUCAUGGUUGCUCUCGCCUACCUAGAUGCCGUCGAGGGUCCCAUGUGGUCGUCAAUUCGUGGCACCGGCCUCGCCUACGGCACGAAUUUCUUCCGCGACCCAGAGACUGGACUCCUCAAGUUCCGCAUCUACAAAUCGCCCAAUGUCUUCUCGGCUUUUAACAAGGCCAAGACGGUGGUCCGCGAAUACGGAGACGGUACGCGCAAGUUUGACAAGCUAGCGCUCGAGGGUGCGAUCAGCUCUAUUGUGCGCGACUUUGUGGAUGAGCGAAUGAGCAUUGUGGACGCCGCGCGCAGCUCCUUCAUCGAUCUUGUUACCAGGGGUGUGGGAAAGGAGUGGCAGGAGUGGGCGCUGCGUGAGGUGCGAAAGGUCAGCGAGGCAGAUGUGCAGAAGAUUCUAAAGGAGGUUGUCUCCAAUGCCUUUGUACCAGACAAGGCUGACCUCGUCGUUACUUGUGGUGGCAUCAUGACCGAGGGUCUUAAGAAGGACUUUGAGGACGCUGGCUUCAAGAUCCAACUCAAGCAGCUUACCGACUUCCAAGAUACAUAUGGUUUAGAGGGGGAAGAGGACGAGAAUGAGGACGAGGACGAAGAGGACGAGGAUGGCAGCGACGAAGACGGUGAUGACGGCUCGGAGACGGAGGUGUAA